GUCCUCGCGGAGCUCUUCCGGUGUUGCCGGUAGAGGGCGCCGGCCGAGGAGCCACUGGCGGAGUCGCAAGGUCUGACCACACGGCGCGUCCCAGUCGCUACAGCCGCCGCCAUGAAGGCCGUGGUGCAGCGCGUCACCCGGGCUAGCGUCACAGUUGGAGGAGAGCAGAUCAGCGCCAUCGGACGGGGCAUCUGUGUCUUGCUGGGUAUUUCCAUGGAAGACACACAGAAGGAAGUGGAGCACAUGGUUCGGAAGAUUUUAAAUCUGCGUGUGUUUGAGGACGAGAGUGGGAAGCACUGGUCCAAGAGCGUGAUGGAUAAGGAGUAUGAGGUGCUGUGCGUCAGCCAGUUCACUCUCCAGUGUGUCCUCAAGGGAAACAAGCCCGACUUCCACCUGGCCAUGCCCACGGAGCAGGCGGAGAGCUUCUACAACAGCUUCCUGGAGCAGCUUCGCAAGAGCUACAGACCAGAGCUCAUCAGAGAUGGCAAGUUUGGUGCCUACAUGCAGGUGCACAUUCAGAACGAUGGGCCUGUGACUAUAGAACUGGAGUCCCCUGCUCCUGGAGCUGCUAGCUCUGAUCCAAAGCAGGUAAGCCUGGAGCCUGGAGCCUGCAUCAGUCUCGAGGGUGUAAGUAAUGUGCCUUGGCCUAAUCCUAGUCUCUGGAGUAGUCGUCAUCUUGAGGUGGAGGAAACCCUUCAUGGCUACAGCCUCACGUUUAUUUUACUUUCUCUCUUCUCAAGUAUACAUGUUUACACUGUCACUCCGGAGCUUGUCUCAAGUUUGACCAGGCUGAGACAGUGUUGUUAGAAGGGUCCAGUUCUU